AUUUAUAUUCAAUAAAAUUGUUUUUAUUAAUUUAAUAAAAAUAAUGGAUUAAAAUAAAAAUAUUUUUAAAACUAUAAUUCAACUACCCAAACACCUUCUUUUAAUAUACAAAAAGGAAAAAAAUUAUGAUGUCAUGUGAUAAUUUGAAUUUUUUUCUGUUUUUUCUUAUCAAUUUUAUUCGCGGCUUUUGGGUGUAUCUUGAUUCAACCACCGUUCAAACUCAUCACCUGACCGUUAGCUAAUAAAGAAAAAGGCGAAAAAUUUUCAUCUCUUUGUCUGCAAAAUUAAGCUACUGCUGUGAUGAAAACGACAUCGUUAACGAUUCAACGGCCACCAUCUCCCCAAUGAACUCACAGUUCUCAGCUCUCACGUGCCGCGACACUCUCCGUCUCAUCUUCGAGAAGCUCUCUGUCACUGACUUGGCACGUGCCUGCUGCGUUUGCAAGGCCUGGAACGCCGUCGCCUCCGAUGACGAGAUAGUGGUGGAGGCAUUCAAGGCUCCUUGGAAGCCUCUGGAAGUGAUGGGGAAGCCGAGUUCUAGAAGUUUCUGGAGAGAUAAUGGCAUUGGGAAGUUCGCUAUCUCGCAUCGGAUUGUGAGAGGGGAAAGUGUUGCCAGUCUAGCUGUUAAGUACUCAGUUCAGGUUAUGGAUAUAAAGCGCCUGAAUAACAUGAUAAGUGACCAUGGGAUUUACUCAAGAGAGAGGUUAUUAAUCCCUAUAAGCAAUCAAGACAUUCUUAUAAAUGGGACAUGCUAUAUAGAGUUGGAUACCUACGCAAAGCGAGAAGUGGCAGUCAUGUAUCUUGAUGGCAAGCCUGACAGAAAGCCUGGAACAUUGUUGAAUAGAGUGACCUCUGAUUGGGGCAACAGAAGGGUGAUUGAGUCCUUAAAGAGAAGCAUGCAAGUUGAUGAUGGAACUGCUCAAUACUAUUUGUCCAUUUCAAAUGGUGAUCCCCGAGCUGCACUAUCUCAUUUCUCUUCGGACCUCAGGUGGGAGAACCAGACAGGCUUGGCCUAGUUGGAAAUGUAUAUCAAACUGAUGGUUGAUAAUGGACCAAUAAUUUUUGCUUCAAUAAAAUUCCCUAAUUAGCAUAGACUGUCAACUGUUUUUCCAUGCAAAGUUAUUACGAUGAAUCAUAAUGGUUUGUAAUUUCAAUUUUUCUUUGUACAUAAAAAGGUCGUAGCUUGGAAAUAGGGGAAGGACUUGUAGGUGCUUGGAUUCUAAUCCUGGACUUGCUAGAUGCGCGCUAAAAAUCCAAUGUAAUUUCAGUUUAAUCCUAGACUGCUUCAAUAAAAUUUA